CGCGUCCGCGAGGCGCUACCGGCCGCCUCCCAGUCCGUGAGGAGCCCUACCGGCCGCCUCCCAUGGAUGGGUGGGUGCCGGGGCAGCUUUCAGUCUACUGGUAUGUACCGUAGGUAUCCGUAUAGCAGUGGUACACUAACCCACCCCCUAGGAAAAACGCGCCCCGCGCGCAGGAGGAUUGGGCCCGGUAGCGCAUACGAAGUCGGCUCUGAACGCCCACGCCCGCGAACGAAAACACUGACAACGCAUAGCUCAACGGAUUGGGGCGCCACUCGUUUCGGUCACGUCCUAGAGCCUGAGGGGUACGUGGGCCCCCUGUUCUCAAUUUGCGCCCGCACCACCAGACGCCUAGUUAUAGAGAUACGGCAAAUUUGGUGUUUGUUCAUCCGCCCCGCGCGUCGACACACCGUAACUUUGACCGUAACUCACUUACGUUUAAGAGACCGCCGGAUUUAUACCCGCGCACACCCAGCAGCGGCAACUGCGACACAGCAGCAGCAGCAGCGGCCGCGCCAGGAUCCAACGCGCUGGCGACGUGUACCGUGGAGGGUAUUACACCGGACGCCUCCCCCGCCCGCGGCGCACACGACGACAUGACAUCAGAAGUCCUCGACGGACCGCCGCACGAGCCGCUUGACCUGCUUCUUGAAGCCCUCAAAGUCGUCGCGCCACUGCACCGCCGCGUCGAUGUUUGCCGGGCUGUUGUCGUUCGGGUCCGAGAGCAGCGAGAUGACCGAGACGAGGAUCGUCUCCACGCCGAGCACGGGCCGCCAGCGCAGGUCCGCCGUCUCGCUCUCGUUGUGCGGGUCGUCGCCGGGCGGGUGCAGGAUCGAGAUGCAGACCUUGCCGUCGGGGUAGAUGUUCGGGUGCCACAUCUUCGUGCGGAAGGUCAUCGCGGGCGGCAUGACCGGGAAGUCCUUGGGAAACUCGAGCGUCGCGCGGAACCUGCGCGGAACGACAACGUCGAAGGAGCGCGUUUCGCGAGUGACCGCGGGCCGCCGCCGACUGUGUCGUCGAGGCCAAGUUCCGAGGGCUCGUCGGGCGUGAAGACGCCUCGAACGAAACGACGACGUCCUAUAACGUCGGAAAACGUUCGGUAUCGAUGUGAGCCUCGUCAGAUCCCGGCGAAAGGCCGCAAAACCCGAACGUCGAAUUCCGAAGCGCGGCCGGUCGGAUCCGACGAACGAUGCCGAGAAGGCCCCAAGAAUCGCGCCGGAGCUAAUGAAGGCAAGAUAAGGCACUGCGAGUUACAUGCCGCCCUCGUACAGCGUCCCGUCGGGCCCGAUGAUCAUGACCUCCCACGUGUACAUGUCGUCGUCGUCCGCGAGGCCGACGGAGAUGCCCUCGGGCGGGUUCUUCGUCAGGGCCAGCAGCUGGCGCUUGAGGAUCUCCCGCCCGUAGUUCGCCUGGUCGCCCAUCCUCGCGGCCGGCGCCGCGGUCCGCGUCCGCCGCCGGGCCUGCGCGCGGCGGGACCAGUCGGUUUUGGGCCGCGCCGCGCAGCUCCGCCGGGCGCCAGCACGCGGCCGCCGCGCGGCGUCCCGGCGCGCGUCCAGACCCCGGGUCGGCCCCGAGAAGAGUCUAAAUUUGAAAGUGCGCCGCCCAGUGUCCAGCGGCCUCGAUGUGGCGGACCCGCGUCAGACUGGCGGGGCAAAAUAUGACGCCCACCUACCUAGUUUUUUUGUAGCUCCCCACCUCCUGCGGGACGAGAGACUUUUAGC